AUGCCUAUUAUUCAGAAAUUUCGCUCGGUUUGCACCAAAUACACAACCGUUAAUAAGAUCAUUCAAGAAAUGCUUGCGAAUAUCAAUUCAUUGUCGGCCCUCCGGCCAAUAUCGAUCAUCAUCCUGAGCGAAAGCUCUACAGUUUUCGAGCCAAUAUCCUGGGACACGUGGAAACAGAAACAAGAGAUUUGCAACGGAGAGACGAUCAUCCUUUCACACGGAUAUCAAGAUCCAACUCGUUUGCCAAAAGCUCCAGAAGAUAACGGCUACGAAUUGCAACAUGAUAUUUUUUGUUAUAGUUUUACGGUUAAUAUCACCGUCGAGGUGGUGUCGAUCGGAAAAGGGAGAUUAUGGUUGACUUUUCAUGAUCGAGACAGAAAGCAAAAAAGAGUCAAAAACAACACCGAACCGUUUAUGGCAGCGAACGUUAGUGGAAUUUUGAAAAUUCUCCUCAAAUUUCAU